AUGCAGUCUUCUCAAUCUCUCUUCGAAGCUGAUGAGUCGGUGGACGCCUUCAACUAUGAUGCGUUCAUCGACUCAAACUGGAAUGGUGUGGGGGAGGACUCCUGCCUGUCUGUCUUCACGACAGAAGAGUCGCGCAGGAUAGAAUGGUCCUUGGACCGGCGUAGUCAGCCUAAUUACAACCAGGCUGACUACGCCCAGAAUAUCUUGACCAGUGGCGUGGCCACUGGUCAACUGAAAGAGAACCCAGGACUGGAUGAGGCAAAUCCAGCCGAUGAGGCUCUCAGCAACAGUACCGCAAACUCCCUGUCCACACCUCAGUCUGACGGCACUUCUGAGGCGUUGGACUCUAACUUGGGCACUGUCUCUGCUGCUCUCGACCUUGCUGCAAGUGCACUCUCUGCUGCUGAAGCCAAAUUCUCUGGCAAGGCUCAGCAGUUGUGCGUGCCCAACAGCAGCUGUCGACCUACUGAACAGGCAGCCAAAGAAGCACGCCGGGAGCGAAAGCUUCAACUUCGCAAGAGGCAAAAUUCGACCAUGGCCUCCCAGAGUCCACCUGAGCAGCCUCUCCCUCUACCUCGACAGCCUGUGCUUCUACCCCAGCAACCUGUGCCUUCACCUGAGCAGUAUAUGCUUGCGCCUGAGCAGCCGCCUCUUCUACCUCAGCAGAUGCUGCUUCCGCCCCAAGAACCUAUCAGCAUGCCUCCGCCUGCCAUGGAUUCUCAGUCUUUCAUGGCACCUCAGUGUGCAAACCAAUUCUGGUCUGCCAACAUGGCUGCACUUGCUACGAUGCAUUCGUACGCCAUGACUCCUCAGAUGUUCAUGGCCUCUCAGCCCGCCAUGGUAUCUCAGUAUACCAUGAUGCCUCAGUUCACUGGUCCGUUUGGGCCUGUCAGUACUCCUCAACUGGUACCCCCUCAGCCGGUAUCUCCUCAGCCGGCGGCAGCCCAACAGAAUCUCUCUUGGGCCGAUCCCACCGUUCCCAAGGAUUUUGUGGCCAACCCCAACAACCACGCCAGAUGGGAAUACGAUGGCACUGGCAAAAGGAAUUACUUGAAUGCGGCUAAGAACAAGCAACAAGCCGUCAACAAUUAA